CGCCCGUCGGGAGCGGCGCCACUGAGGGGAUGGAGGCGGCCGGGGGAGAAGGCGCUGAGUCCGCGGGCUCCGGCAGCCAGGGCGGCUCCUCCGGCUCCUCGCUGGCUGCGAGCUCCGAUGACCUUGAGCCUGAGUGGUUGGACAGUGUGCAGAAAAAUGGGGAAUUAUUUUAUUUAGAAUUAAGCGAAAGUGAAGAAGAAGUUCUGCUUCAGAACAGCUCUUCAGAAAUACCAGCAGUGAAUCAUGUCCGGUUUCGUGAAAACGAAGCUGAAAUUAUUCAAGAGGGAUCACGAAAGGAAAGAAAGUAUGAACUCAAGAAAUGGACCAAAAUGCUAAAAAAGAAGAGUCUUUUACCAAAGAGUUCUGGUAAGAAAGGCAGUGGAAGCUGCAGUGUGCACCCCUCUGGUCCUACUUCCAUAUUGAAACACCGGUCUGCUCAGAAAAUAGGUGUCACUGUUCAGCAGAAGUACAAAGAUGUAUCUGUUUAUGUAAAUCCCAGAAAGCUCUACAGUGCUGGGGAAGAAGAGCAGCAGAGGCUGCUGGAAACCUUAGUAGGUAUUGUCCAUCAGUCUUCAUGGAGCAGCAGAAGAGUGGAAAAACAAGGCAGGAGGGAUAAAGCCACCAGAGGAGUCUGUGAAGAGAAGCUUGUGGUACAUGGCUUGGUGCCAGGUAGUUCUGCAAUGAAAACAGGUCAAAUCCUGAUUGUUAAUGACUGUGGGACCCUAAGAGUUUUUUUCCCCAUUUCCAGUGAUGGGGAUGUUCUUGUUGCUGUAAAUGAUGUCGAUGUGAAUUCUGAAAACAUAGAGAGGGUUUUGUCUUGCAUUCCAGGUCCUAUGCAGGUUAAAAUGACAUUUGAGACCUCAGUAUUUGAGCCUGAAGGAACUUCUGAGCAAAGGAGCAAGUCAAGUAUGAACAACCUGGUUCGGCUCCUGUGGGGAGAAGACACCUUGGACCUUCAGCAGGCUGUGCAGGACGUGCCUCACAUUGUCAUGUUCCUCACGCUGAAACCAGACUCAGAGACAUCCAAGGAUGAGCAAGAAAUUAUUUAUCAGUACCCCAUAUCUGAAGCAUCCCAAAAACUGAAAAGUGUGAGAGGGAUAUUUCUCACACUGUCUGACAUACUGGAAAGUGUUACUGGUACCGAGAUUAUCAGUUCCUCCCUGUUCUUAUGUGAAAAACUGGUUCAAGUUGUUUACUGGAAAGAAUCUGAUAAGUUGUUCAUAAUUGGCCUUCCUGAAGAAAAUGUGCCACUUUAUCAGCUGAGGAACAUGAUUGAAAAUGUUGUCAGGACCUUGACAUUCAUGUACAGUUCCUUGGACAGUGCUUUCUGCCAGGUGGAAAAUGUUUCUCGCCUGGAUCAUUUUUUCAACCUGCUCUUCCAGCGUGCCCUCCGUCCCGCGAGGCUCCAGCCCAGCAGCAGCCCCGGUGCCCAGGAGCAGGAUCCCUGCAGUGCCCUGUUCCUGGGUGGCUUCCCUGGCCUGCGCUGGCUGACGCUGCCCCAGGAAGUCAAGAUGGAAAUUGACACAGCACUGAGUGAUCUGGAAGCAGCUGACUUUGCAGAGCUGUCUGAAGAUUAUUAUGACAUGAGAAGAUUAUAUGUGAUCCUGGGCUCUUGUCUCUUUUACAAGGGUUACUUGAUUGGUAAUCACUUGCCAAAGGAAGACCUUGCUGAUGUGGGUUUCUAUUGCCAGCACUACUGUCUGUUAGCCCUGGCAGCAGAGCAGAGGAUUGGGCAGUUAGUGAUUUGGCGGGAAGUGUUCCCACAGCAUCACCUCCAGCCGUGUGAGGAGUCGAGUUUGACAGGAUACUGGGAACCUGAAGCAAGAUACUUCUUACUGAUAGUUGGCUUGAGACACUUUGUCCUGUGUGUCCUGCUGGAGGCAGGGGGCUGUGCAUCCAGAGCUAUUGGGAAUCCAGGACCAGACUGUAUCUAUGUAGACCAGGUCAAAGCAACCAUACUCCAGCUGGAAGGAAUAGACACCAGCAUAGAGGAAAGGCUGGAUUCUCCCUCCAUCCCACCUUUAGCCUGUGCUGACUGGUUCCUUCCUGCAGCACGGGACAGACUGGAGAGCUUGAGCACCUCACCUAUGCUGAGCAAGCUCCAGAGCUCCUGUAAAGCUGGGAGCACUCCAGGGAGCAAGAGGAGCCUCUUUGGGGACACUUCCCACACCCCACGGAAGCAGAGCCCCCCGAGAAGCAGCAGGGCGGCCGAGCAGGGCAGCGAAGGGCUCGCGGGGGAGGAGAGCACCAAUGCACAGCCUGUGCUGGAGCAGGCCACUAGGAAAAAACACACCCUGCCAAACCCAUUUCAUUCAGGAAGCCUGAAAAAGAACUCUUCAGAGAAAGAUACAGAACUUCUUAAUGCUAUCAAGUUGACAUCUGGUCCUGAGAACACCCUGUUCCACUAUCUGUCUUUGGAGACAAUGCAAGGAAUCUUUAUUACUCCAACUCACAAGGAAGUAGCACGGCUCGGUGGCUCCAUCCACCCUCAGUUAAUUGAGAAUUUCUACCAAUGUUGCCUUUCAAUUCGUUCCAUUUUCCAGCAGUCCAUGAGGAAAGAGAAAAAGAAGGCAGGCAGUGGGAUUUCAGAAUUCAGUAAGGCAGCUGAGGACCCAGGUCUGGUAAGAGAACAUGGACUUCUGUUUGAGUGCUCUCCUGAAAACUGGACUGACCAGAAGAAACCACCACCAACAAUGAACUACUGGGUUGUCGGGAGACUCAUUCUCCAUCCCAAACCUCAGGAGUGUUACGUGUGUUUCCAUGACUCAGUGACAGAAGCUGCUGUGGAGCUGGCCUUUAAACUGUCCUUUGGCUUAGCUGCAUAGAUGAGCUUCCUGCACACUCAGGCAUCCUGCAUGGUGGUGUUCAUUCUUUAAAGCAUCCCGUAUAAAGGGAAAUGAACUCAAUUUGGGUGUCACACAUGGGGCAUCUUUGAAAUGCUUCAAAAAAAUCAAAUACCUUGUGGUAUGAUGCAGUUAAAAUUUCCGUGGUGCUUCUGAUGAGCUCAUCAAUUGAAUGCUUAUUUUCAGAGAACCAAAGUUCUUAUUUUUAUAUGCUGUCACUUUUUUUAAUCCUGGUCAUAACUUUAUUGUAUGAAAACACCACAUCAUUUGUACGUUCACUGCUGUUCAGUGUACAAUAUGCAACAUAAAAUGGUAAGCUGAUCCUCAAAGUAUGAACAUGGAAAUUGGUGGUGGAGGAAAAAAAAUGUUCUCCAGUUACUUAAAAUUUUGCACCUCUGAGGGCCUGAAAAAUACUGAAUGUUUCCAAUAACAUUGUGUUAAUCAAAACAGAGAGAAAUCUUUUAGACAAUUCCUGGCACUUGGCCUCACAAAACUAAUAGUUUACCAUUUUUGCUCUCCUGCACACUCAAGGACUAUAGUGCAGUUGAUGUUUUACUUGACUCCGUGAGUUUUAACUAUAAAUAAUACUUAAAUUUGUUAAAAUGCAGUUUUGAACACACAAAGAAAGAAAGGGGGUGGGCAGGGUGGUUUUAAGUUGUGCAUGGACUUGGCUUAUUUUAUAUUCAUAAUUUCAUAAUAAAAAUGUAUAUUUGUUAAAGAACAGUAAAGCAUUAAUUUUUUUUUUUACUUAA